AAUUUAUCGAAACAACACGUGUGUGUGCGUUGAUAGAAUUUAUGUCUUUUUUGUGACUGCAACGAGUGAGUCGUUGCUUGAUUUUUGCGAGAAAUAAAGAGAAAAAGGGUUGUGAAAGAAAAAAAUGGCUGAACUAAUUAAAACAGCGGAUGCUAUUGUCAAUGAGUACCUUAAGACUAAGGACAGAAACCUGGCAAAAGUGUUUGAGCAGAAAGUAAAAGCGCAAGCUGUGGCCAAGAGUACACCCAGGCUGAUAGAUAUCUUAGCUUUCUACCAAAGCAAAACACGAAAGAUUCCACUUGCAGCAAAGCAAAACUCGGACAGUGACAGUGACAGCGAUGUGAAAAAGCAAAAUGAGAAGCCGAUAGUGACUAUCCCCACAAAUGGGAAAAACGAUGAUUCUUCGUCGAGUGAAGAUGAUUCGGAAGAUGAGGAGCCGAAUGCAGAAGCUGUAAAGUCACCAGUAAAGGCAUCUCCAGCGAAGAAGGCAGCUGAAUCCUCCAGCGGGGACAGCUCCGAUGAGGAACCAGCAAAGCAGCCAGCUAAGAAGCCAGCUGCGGCGGCUGUUGCAGUGAAGCCUUCGUAUACUAGCAGUGAUGAUGAAGAAGAGAAGCCAACUAAGGCUGUCGGCGCUGCAAAAGGAAAAACCACUCCUACCGCCAAAAAAGCUGCGUCUUCAAGCAGCGAUGACUCGUCCGAUGAGGAGCCAGCUAAGACCGCAAAGCCAGCCGCAAAGCCAGCCCCAAAGCCAGCCGCAACGCCAGCUUCCAAAAAGGCAGCCGAAUCCAGCAGCGAUGAUAGCUCAAGUGAGGAAGAACCUCCGAAAAAGGCACAAGCUGCAGCUAAGCCGGCAGCUAAAAAGGCUGAUUCCAGUAGCGAUGACAGCAGCGAUUCAGAGGGGGAGCAAAAGAAAGAAGCUGCCAAGCCAGCGGCAAAGCCAACCCCUGCCAAGAAGGACGACAGCAGCGACGAUUCCUCUGAUGAGGAGGCACCGGCCAAGAAAUCAGCACCCACUAAGGCAGCGCCGGCCCAAAAAGCUGCAGCUUCCUCUAGUUCUGAUUCCUCAUCCGAGGAUGAGAAACCGGCCCAGAAAACAGCGGUGAAACCGCCCGGAACACCUGGUAAGAAGCCAGCAGCCAAGUCUGAAUCUGAGGACUCGUCCGAGGACAGCAGCUCCGAGGAUGAAAGCGCUGCAGUCAAACCAGCUGUCAAAAAGGGCGCUGCCCCAGCCAAGAAGGAAGAAUCCUCAUCUGAGGAAGAUUCUGAUGAGGAGGAGGAGGCCAAACCUGCAGCCAAGCCUACAGCUAAGCCAGCGGCUAAAAAGGAUGACAGCUCUGACAGCUCCUCGUCCGAUGAAGAUGAGCCGCCAGCAAAGAAGAAACCUAUGCCGGCCAAAAAGAAGGACAGCAGCGAUAGCGACAGCGACAGCAGCGAAGAGUCUGGCGAAGUGAAGCCCAAGAAACAAGAACAAGCUGUGACCAAUGGGGCCGCAGGCAAGAAACGCAAGUUCAGCGGCGGCGAUGCAGACGAGGCAACACCUAACAAGAAAUACAACAAUUUCGUCAAGUCAGGUGAACAUCAGCAUCAGCAGCCGCAGCAGCAGCAGCAGAAGCAUAAUGGCUUCACCUCCACGCCCAACAAUACAAAGAACAAGAACAAUCCGUUUAACAACAGCAGCGGGGGCAAACGUCGCCCAUCGCCUUUCCGGCGUGUCCGCACCGAAGAGGUGAUCGUAGAUUCGCGCGUGCAGGACAUGUCCUUUGAGGCGAAGAAUGACGGUGGCUUCAAGAAGUUCAAUAAUGGACAACGUGGACGUGGCGGCUCUGGUUUUGCCGGCCGUCCGGAUCGUAGCAAGUGGGAGAGCAACAAUCAAAAUGGAGAGGAAGACGGAGAAGGCGGUGGUCAUCGUAAGAGCUUUGGAGGCUUUGAGCGCAAGUCAUUUGAUGGACAGCGCGGUGGUAACCGUGGCGGUGGCUUCAAUCGCAGCGGUGGAGGCGAUCGCGGUGGUCGUGGCGGCUUCAAACGAGGCGGCGGCGGCGGCGAUCGUGGUGGACGUGGUGGCUUCGGCCGUGGUGGUGGUGGCGGCUUCAACCGUGGCGGCGGCGGCGGUGGCGGCGAUCGUGGUGGACGCGGUGGAUUCGGUCGUGGUGGUGGGGGACGUGGCGGCGGUGGCGGCUUUGGCAACAAGUCCUUCGAUUCGGGGACAAAACAAAAUAAGAAAAUAACCUUCGAUAAUUAACAUAGUAAUGUAGUUUAGUGAUUAAUGCCACCAACCGACACGAGGGAAUCAAGCCCCAAAUGAAAUAACUUUAUAUAGAUGGACCGAUCAAGUGUGGAAAAUUUUUCCACAAUUCCGGGACAAUUCAAGCAAAAUCAGAGUAUUUCUUUUUAAUGAAAUAGACACAAACACACAUGCAAAUACACACAUACAGACAAGCACAUGCCGAACAUAAUAUAUGUAUAUUGUAUACAAUAUAUUGUAAUAAACAUUUUUAUGUAAAAUACAUAUUUAUAUAUGUAUAAAUAAUUAUAGAAAAACGCUGCCGGCUCUUGGGGGGAGCGCGCCAACAAGGAUCUAAAAUUCACACGUGGCAAAUCCUUCAAGCACGAGAAGACCAAGAAGAAGCGCGGCAGCUAUCGGGGCGGUCAGAUUGACACGGGCGUUAAUUCAAUAAAAUUCGACUAGUUUUAUGUUACCACAUAACAUAUAUACAUAUAUAUAUUUUAAUACAUUUAUAUAUACAUUAUAUAAUAUCUUAAACAUUAGUCUGUAAAAAAAAACCAAACCAACCCAUCAAACAGAACUUCAAUUAUAGUUAUAUCGUCAAGUUUUAAAUAUGUUUAGCUUUACUUUAAUAUUUGCACUUGACUAUUGUUCUAUGAACCUACGUUCAGUAAACCAAUACGAAAUGUGUUUCAUAUAAUCCCCCCAUUGAAUUUGUAAAGCAAAAUCAUUGUUUUACUUUGUAAAUUUGAUAAAAAAAGAAAAAAAUUUCCUUUGGUUUACUGAACGCAUUCGUGCAUAGAGAAACCACACACAUUGAACUUAAAUUAAAACUAAGUUAAAAGGUUUGAUGCUUCGAAGCCUUUAUUUGUAACAACUUAAGUCACACCAAUUAAUCAACACACAAUUUAGUUUUUAUGACCGACCAAGUGAGUUCUUUGUAAUAAAUGUAUGAAACACA